CGGCCCCGGCGGGGGCGGGGCGGGCGCGGCGGCAGGAAGGGGGUCGCGGCGGCAGGAGCGGCGGUUGCGGAGCAGAGCAGCGCAGCGCAGCGCAGCCUGCGGGGCGGCCGCCGGCAGUGCGCAGGCAGCGCGGCCGGGAGCUGGUGCCGCGGCGCGUUUUGCUCCGUCGGUUUUGCCCGGCGUGCGUUUCACGUCAAAUCUGCUUGCCCGGUGCCCCAGAACUCGGGUUUGCGCCUGCUCUUGGCGAUGCCCGUUCACCAGUCGAGUGGCCGAGCUGUGGAAAUCGCUGUAUAAACCAGCCGUCCCCAAGCCGAGCCCAGCGGCGAGCCGCUGCGUCCCCCCGGCUGCCGGCACGGCCCCGCGGAGCCCGCGGGUACCGGUUCUGAAGGAUGACUGACGUGGGUUUCUGUGAUGCCACUUAGAGUCUCUGUCACUCUGGACUGAUAAGUAACCUGCAGAUUUCACUGUACGUACGACAUGGGGAGAAAGCAUCAGGAGUGCCACUCCGCUUCAGCUCCUUAAGUGGACGAAAGUACAGUGUCAUCUAUCUGCAAGGGAAGAUUCUUCAACAGAUUUUUACAGCUAAUAAUAAAGACAACAUAGCAUCAUCCACCUUCCUGAUUUACAGUGCAUCACCUUCCAAGACAGAUGGUCUGUCAAAAGCUGUAGGAUGCCUGCAGAGCACACAAUAAUGAAGUAGUGAAUUGAUAUCGCUGCUGCUGCCUAAUUGUCAGGAUCACAGCCGAGAGCUGCGCUGCCCUUUUUCUGCUCCCUUAAUCGGGCCAGGAACAGCAGGGUGGACAUGGCUGGCCUCGUUAACAACCUGCUAAUACUGUUUCUUGUUUUUCAAAACAGCUGUUUGGGGUUCAGGAGCCCACUUUCUGUCUUCAAGAGGUAUAAAGAUACCACUAGGUCUCUUUCCAAUGAAUGCCUCGGAAGCAACAGGCCAGUGAUUUCACUUGGUCUGUCAGAUUUUGCACUGGACGUUCGUAUGCCUGGGGUGACUCCUAAGCAGUCUGAUACCUACCUCUGCAUGUCACUACCCCUCCUGGUGGAUGAUGAAGCCUAUGUAGUUGACUUUAAACCUCAUGCCAGCAUGGACACUGUCCAUCACAUGUUACUCUUUGGAUGUAAUGAACCCUCUUCUACUGAAAGUUACUGGGACUGUGAUGAAGGAACAUGUAAGGACAAAUCUAAUAUUUUGUAUGCUUGGGCAAGAAAUGCUCCACCUACCAGGCUGCCCAAAGGUGUCGGAUUCAGAGUUGGAGGAGAAACAGGUAGCAAAUACUUUGUGCUCCAGGUACACUAUGGUGAUAUCAGUGCAUUUAGAGAUAAACACAAGGACUGCUCUGGUGUAACUUUACAUCUGACACGUCAAAAGCAGCCUUUGAUUGCUGGAAUGUAUCUUAUGAUGUCUGUGAACACUGUAAUACCACCAGGUGAGAAAGUGGUUGAUGCAGAUAUUGCCUGCCAUUACAAAAGAUUUCCAAUGCACCUUUUUGCCUACAGAGUUCAUACACACAGACUAGGUAAAGUAGUAAGUGGAUACAGAGUGAGAAAUGGUCAAUGGACAUUGAUUGGUAGACAGAGUCCACAACUACCACAGGCGUUCUAUCCCGUGGAGCAUCCUGUAGAUGUUCACUUUGAUGAUAUCCUAGCAGCUAGGUGUGUGUUCAGUGGUGAAGGCAGAACUACAGAGACACAUAUAGGGGGAACAGCCAAUGAUGAAAUGUGCAACUUUUACAUUAUGUACUAUAUGGAAGCCAAACAUGCUGUCUCAUAUAUGACCUGUACACAGAAUGCAAACCCUGAGAUGUUCAGGAACAUACCACAGGAGGCAAAUAUUCCUAUUUUGGUCGAGUCUGAUAUGCUAAAGAUGACACAUGGACAUCAUGAAGAAAGCAAGGAUGCUGAUAAAAGUUCUUUGCUGCAGCAGCCCAAAAGAGAAGAAGAGGAGGUUUUGGAUCAGGGUGAUUUCUAUUCACUCCUUUCCAAGCUGCUAGGAGAAAGGGAAGAUGUUGUUCAUGUGCAUAAGUAUAACCCUACAGAAAAGGCAGAAUCAGAUCUUGUAGCUGAGAUUACUAAUGUAGUCCAAAAGAAGGAUCUUGCCAGAGAGGUCACAAAUCACGAUGAGAGGGGCAAUGCUAUUCUUGUCAGAGACAGAAUUCACAAAUUUCACAGACUAGAAUCUACCUUGAGGCCAUCAGAGAACAGACGUUUCUCUUUACAACAGCCUAAACAUGAUGAGGGAAGCUGGGAAAAAGAACAUACAGGAGAUUUCCACAUAGAAGAGGUUGUCGACUGGCCUGGGUUAAACCUCAAACUGGGCCAAGUUUCUGGGUUGGCCGUGGACCCUGAAAAUAACCUUGUUAUCUUCCACAGAGGUGAUCACGUUUGGGAUGAAAACUCUUUUGACAACAAAUUUGUUUAUCAGCAACGAGGAGUUGGACCAAUUGAACAGAACACCAUUCUGGUGCUGAAUCCAAGUAAUGCUCAACUGCUUCAUUCCAUGGGCAAAAAUCUAUUUUAUUUACCACAUGGUUUGAGUAUAGACAAAAAUGGUAACUACUGGGUCACUGAUGUAGCUCUCCAUCAGGUUUUCAAAUUGGGAGCAGAUGAUAAAGAACCAUUACUGAUCUUAGGAACUGCUCUGCAACCGGGCGGUGACAAAAAUCACUUCUGUCAACCAACUGAUGUGGCUGUGGAUCCGAUCACUGGCAGUAUUUACGUAUCUGAUGGCUACUGUAACAGCCGAAUCGUUCGGUUCUCUCCGAAUGGGUUGUACAUCCAGCAGUGGGGAGAAGAGACUUCUUUAGAUGGAGCCAAACCUGGGCAGUUCCAUAUCCCUCAUAGCUUAGCCCUGAUCCCUGACUUCAGUCAGCUGUGUGUCGCAGACAGGGAAAAUGGUCGAAUCCAGUGCUUUAGAUUAGAGACUGGGGAGUUCAUAAGAGAGAUCAAGCACAACUCAUUUGGAAGGGAGCUGUUUGCCAUUUCAUAUGUUCGAGGUGGUCUUCUCUUUGCAGUUAAUGGAAUGCCUUAUCCUGGAGAGACAGAACCAGUGCAAGGAUUUGUGAUGAACUUUUCUACUGGAGAAAUAAUUGAUACUUUCAGUCCCAUUAGAAAGGCCUUCACAUCAGGAUCUCCUAUGAUUUCCAGUCUAAGGACCAGUCUCAAGUUCAAGACUUUUGAGAUGCCACAUGAUGUUGUUGCUUCAGAAGAUAAAACAGUAUUUGUUGGAGAUGUUCAUGCUAGAACAGUAUGGAAGUUCACAUCCACAGAAAAAAUGGAACAUCGGUCAGUUAAAAAGGCUGGCAUUGAGGUGCAGGAGGUAAAAGAAACAAUUAUAGAAACCAGCCUGAAAAACAAUCCAGAAUCAAAAGAGCCUCUAAAGAAGGAGGAAAAACAGCAUGUGGUCCAACAGGCCAGCACCAGAGUUUCCUUUGUUCUUAUUACAACUCUUCUGGUUAUCCCUGUCGUUGUCCUGCUGGCAAUUUUAGUAUUUAUUCGGUGGAGGAAGACAGCAGUCUAUGGAGCCGAUGCAGAACACAAACUUGAUUCAAGUUCAGGCAGAAUUUUAGGCAGACUUAGGGGGAAAGGUGGUGGUGGCCUUAACCUUGGUAACUUCUUUGCAAGUCACAAGGGCUACAGCAGAAAAGGGUUUGACCGGCUCAGCACUGAAGGAAGUGAUCAAGAAAAAGAUGAAGAUGAUGGCACAGAUUCAGAGGAAGAGUAUUCGGCACCUCCACCCCCCCCAGCACCUUCAUCAUCCUGAAAGCAGCCUUUGAGUUCUCCAUUAUAUGAUUCCACCCAGAAUGUCAGAUUCCUUUUUCCUAAAGCACGUUUAAGAUUUUGUGUAUUUAAUUGUAAACUGUACUAGUCUGUGUGGGGCUGUACACUGGUUCCUUUAUUUUUUUGUUUGGUUUUAGUUUGGUUUCUUUAAGUGGAGGAGUGUAUGGAAGUUUCAUAUCAGUGCCGUUGUUUUUAUGUGAACAUCUUAAUAAAGCAAACAGUCUUCUUUUAAUUGCAGCACUAAUUUAAAGCAGUAGUAUUUUCUCAUCUCAAUUUUGAGACCUUUUCUGUAUUUGUAAAUAAGUCCCAUUAUCUGCUUUAUCCAGAUAUUUUCCCCAUAACUCUUUAGUUGCCAGUUUCUUUUUUGUGCCUUUCCUCUUCAAUGUCCUUAACCUGUUGCAGUACAGAGAAAAUACAGUGCCACAAGAAAAUGAAGCUGCUAAAUCUUCUUCUAUUUUUUUAAAAUCACUAACGUUAUAUUGCAUUGAAGGAAAGAAAAAAGUAUCUAUUUAAUUUUUUUCUUCUUUCUGACUUGAUGUGUUUCCGGGAUGUCUUAUUUUUAGAUGGUAUCACUGUUAGAACACUAUUUUCAGAAGCUGAAUGUAAUUUGUGUAAUAAAGUGUUCGCAGAGCAUUA